AUCUAAGCGGCGGAAAGCGGAUUAUAAACGUAACAAUAUUUAUUAUCUUAUAUUAUGUCAUUAAUCUUAUCUAAAAUUUGCAACUUGCAUAUAAAAGUAAAACAAAAUUAUUCUAUUUUUUGUGAGCAAUCUCUUAACGUCAACUAAUUUGUGGCACUCGCGAUUUUUUAAGGUAAUUUGGCAACAAAUUCUUCAACAUUUUAGUAAAAUUAUUUUACUCGCCCGUUUUCAAAAGACCAAAAGCCCCAUUACCAAAUCUUUAAUAAUUACUUGUAAGCUUUAUUCCCGUCGUCACGUCAUCAAGCCCAUUUUAGUCCUUUCGACUUAAAAUAGACUCUUGGCGAAUCCUGAAGAAAUAUCCACUCACUGACUCUCUCUUCUCUGAAACGAAACGCUCUUUGGUGGGUCUUUGGAGCCAUCGAACCGAUAUUCGGACUCAAAACCCCCGAUCUGGACCGUCCCUUCCCCCAUCCAACGCCUCUCAUUAGUCGGCGUAUUGAUCAGUAGCUUCUAUUUGUAGCAUAAACCCUAGCCGAUAGAGACCAGUAGUCUCUGUGUCUCCCUCCCUCUCUCCCUCCAACAAGAACUCCGUGAACCUUCUUAACUAUCCUCUCUCUCUCUCUCUCUCUCUCUCUCUCUCUGAUCUUGUACUCUAGAGUUUUUCUUCAUGUUUUUUCUUUUUUCAAAUCUAUUUAUCUUGUUGAAGAUUGAUGUAUCUUUGUAUUAAUCUGUGUUGAUCGGUACCCGAUUUGCGAAAUCAUUUUCUUUGUUUGCCUUUUCCUCCUUUUCAUGGUGUUGUAAGUUUUAUAGGAUGGUUUUUUUAUGUACUGAGAUUAUUUGGGUCCGACUCUGAAUCUGAGUCCGAGAUGGGUAGUCCGAGUAUAGAAUUCUCGUAGUUUCGGUCAGGGUAAAACUGGCGAGUAUUCAGGUUUUUCUGUUUCCGAGAAUUUCGUACUCGUUUUCGUAGGAUGAUUAUGAAACCGGUAUUUGCUAGAAAGUCAGGAUCGCAGUCCAAGUUCGAGUCCGGGUCGGUAUUUGCUCCUGGGUCUGAGUCAACUCGGAGAUCGUCUAGGAGACUCAGUGAGUCUAGAGGUUAUACGACUCGUAGCUACUGUAAGCCAAUGCCGUCGGUGGGGAUGAGGCGGACGACAAGGGUGUUUGGGGUGGUGAAGGGCUUGGACGGCGGUGCCAGAGUACUUCGCUCGGGGCGGCGCCUUUUGCCAGAACCCGGGGAAGGCAAGAUCAGAAAAGGCAACGACAAUGAAGACUGGUUCAAACUGAUUAAUAGGCCCGGAAACGGCGGCAUCGGGUGCAAGCAGAGCGGCUGGGGCGGUCUCAAAAGAGUGACUGCCGUCGACAUCAACGACGCUGACGAUUGCAAAACAGAGGUUCCAAGAUGUGGUAACCACGCAUUGAAUGUUAACCAAAGCAUGGAUAAAUUGUUUGGGAUGGUUUAUAGCCGAAAGAGGAAGAUAACGAGUACCGAAAAUUGUGAUUUCUCCUCGGGUGAUUUCGAUAGAAUGUGCAGGCUUCAAUUUUGUCGUCGGCAAUGGAGAAAGGUUGAUGGUAGUGGGGAGUUGGUGGUGUCCCUGCCCCGCCCCAUGCUUGCUGUUGUUGGUGGGAGCUGUUGCUUUGUAGUAAGUUUUUUGUGUUCCGUUUUGACUUACAUGAGGAAAGCCAGGCUGUGCUUGAAAAAGCUCUCUGCAUUCUUGUGCUCUGAGCCGAUUGCCACUGUUUAUGCCUCAUGUGGAAUUCAAUUCUUGCGUGAUCCUUCUAACUGCAGUGGAUCUGGGAUGUGCAAGUUUUUUGGGGUGAAGGACUUUAUACCCAUGUUCUCUGUGGAAUUUGCCCUAGUUCCUCUAUGUUUUAUGUACAUGCAUCACAGGAUGCUUCUGAGGUUUAAGUGUUGGCCAUUUGUUCUUGUGAAUAAUUCAAGUGCUGUGGACACAAAUGGUGACAUAAUAAUCGACAGUGAAGAUGAGUAUGAAGAUCGCCACUUAUGCAUUCCCUUGGAGAAAGAUCUCUCUGUGAACAUUACAACUGGGAUAGAUCCUUCUGUAUGCAAAAACAUUGUGCAUGAAGUUAAUAAUAUGGAGAACAGGGUUUUAUUACAUCCGUCUAUCAGAGCUUCAAAAUUAUCUGGUCGAUCUGCACAGUAUAGGAAUGGUUUAAAUUCUCGUAGUUUCCAAAAGAGGAGGAGUUCACUGAGGCAGAGGAGAGCUAGAAAUCCUGCAGCGAUUCGUGUACACAAACCCCAUGGAGUCUUAGUUUCUGAUGCUAUCAAUAGUAGGAGAAAUGGGAUACCUCUCUCUUCUUCGGUGAAUACUAGUAAGCUUAGGCGCUCAGUUCGGUGUAGCUCUGUGAGACAAGUUGAAGAAGCGAGUUGUACCUUAUUGAGAUCCAGGCAGGAUGUAGAUCCAUCAUGCUGCUCUGCAAACAUAUUGGUAAUUUUGUCAGACAAGUGUUACCGGCAAGAAGGUGCCAAUAUCAAGUUGGAAGUCUCUGCCUCAAGGGAGUGGCAUCUGGUAGUGAAGAAAGAUGGAUUAACAAGAUAUACGCAAAAGCCUGAAAAAAUUAUGAGGCCAUGUUCUUGCAACCGAUUUACUCAUGCGAUAAUGUGGAAUUUGGAUAAUGGUUGGAAGCUAGAGUUUCCCAAUCGACUAGACUGGUUCAUUUUCAAGGAUCUUUACAAGGAAUGUUUAGAUCGAAAUAUGCUGGCUCCAACUGUUAAGAACAUCCCAGUGCCAGGAGUUGUUGAAGUCUUAGACUAUGAGAAUAGCAUUACCAUUCCUUUUUGCAGACCUGAUUCAUAUAUCUCUAUUAAAGAUGAUGAGGUGUCUAGAGCUAUGGCGAGGAGUACUGCAAUUUAUGAGAUGGACUCUGAGGAUGAGAAGUGGCUGAAAAAAUUCAAUAAUGAGUAUUUUACAGAGAAUGAGGUUCAUCAGCAUGUUUCUGUGGACGCUUUUGAGUUAAUGGUAGAUGCAUUGGAGAAGGCUUAUUAUUGCCAUCCUACUGAUUUUUCAGAUGAGAAGGCAGCUGCUUAUCUUUGUCUGGGUAGGAGUGAAGUGGCAGAAGGCAUGUAUAAUUACUGGAUGAAGAAACGGAAGCAAAAAGGGUCAGUCCUUGUUAGGGUUUUUCAGUGUGGAUAUUUUUCCAUACAGAGUCAUCAAGUAAAGAGGGCUCCAGUGAUCCCCAAGCCAUUUUUACGGAGAAGGAGAUCAUUGAAACGACAGCCAAGCCAGCUUAGAAGGGGCAAACCACCAAGUGUCUUUCGAGCAAUGGUAGCUGAACGAGAUGCUUUGGAAGAAAAUAAUGCUACGAUCAAAGUUAAAGAGGCUAAUGCCUUGGCAAACAGAUCCGUGGAAUAUGCUGCUCUCAAACGUAAAAGAACUCAAUUUCUUAUGGAGAAUGCAGAUUUAGCAACUUACAAAGCCAUGAUGGCACUUCGAAUUGCUGAAGCAGCUCGAGUUGCUGAAUCACCAGAUGCUACUGCCAGUUAUUUCCUUGACUGAUGGAUAGGCGUCCCUAACGCUUAUGAGGAUGGCUUUUUUUUUUAAUUUUUUCCUUUUAAAAUACAGGAAGGGUUACAGCCCAUGGCUGAUUUUGAAGUCGUAGGAUAGGCUACCAUCUUUGAAAGAUUGUUUUUCUGUAUAGAUUUUGAUUGAAUGUACAUGUAGCAUUAUAUGUUCACAGCAAUCGUGUAUAUUGGGGGGGUGGUUUAGUUGAUUUCAUAAGUGAGCAAAAAAGGAAAAAAAAAGGGGGAAAGAAAUAGAAGCAAAAAUUUGAGUCUUAGGCCAUGCUCGUGCUCUAAGAUAUGCUGUUCAAUGAUACUUUAGUAUUUAACUUCGGUUUAGAGAUCAUGCAAUCUGCAAUCCUAUACUUCUCAA